ACGACUGUCAUUCGAUUGCACAUGUGCUUCAUUUACCUCGAAUGUGCAUAUAGAAUUAUUACUUUUCUCGAUUGUUCUGUGUAAUUAACUGUGCUGACCACAAUAUUCAUACCAUGGUGAAGAAAAAUAAAGUAAAGAUUCCGACGGUAAUCAAUACGAAUGCGAAAAACGGCCAUGGUGCAGUGGAAGAUUUGGAAGAUAACUAUGUGGCAGAAGAAACAACACCAAAAGGCAAGCAAAUGGUAAAGAAAAAGAACAAACCUGUUCAACCGGUGAUGGAAGGCAGCGCGGAAGUUGGUCGUGGUGUAAAACGACCUAAAGAUGACUCGGAUGAUGAGGGUGAGGAAAACGGUACAAAUUUGCAUUUGGAGAGUAGGAAUGAAGAAUUUGAUGAUGAUGAGCUCCAAAAGGAGACUGCAGAAGGAGCUGCGGAACCGCAAAUAACAAAUAAUGCUUACGAAAUACUUCUCGGAAACCGAGAGUUCAGUUCGCUCGUUGGAAAGGUUUCCAAUAACACGAUGAAGGCCAUCGACGAUAUGGGUUUCACCAAGAUGACAGAAAUCCAGGCCAAAUCUAUUCCUCCCUUGCUGGAGUGUAGGGAUUUGAUCGGAUCGGCCAAAACGGGAAGCGGAAAAACGUUGGCCUUUCUUAUACCGGCGGUUGAGCUAAUACACAAGCUUCGAUUCAAGCCCCGCAACGGAGCUGGCGUCAUAAUCAUUUCUCCGACGCGUGAACUGGCGAUGCAAAUCUUCGGUGUGCUGAAGGAACUGAUGACGUAUCACUGUCAGACGUACGGUUUACUAAUGGGAGGAGCAACCCGGCACACGGAAAAUGAAAAGUUGGAAAAGGGCCUCAACAUUAUCGUUGCAACGCCAGGGCGAUUGUUGGAUCACCUUAAAACGACACCGCACUUCCUGUAUAAGAACUUGCAGUGCUUGAUCAUCGAUGAGUGCGAUCGCAUUUUGGAGAUCGGGUUUGAAGAGGAUCUAAAACAGAUUAUUGGCAUUUUGCCGAAAAAACGUCAGACCGUUCUUUUUUCGGCCACACAAUCAUCCCGUAUGGAUGAGUUGGGAAAGCUAGCCUUGAAAUCGGAACCGAUUUACGUCGGUGUGGAUGACAACAAGAAGGAGGCCACGGUAACGGGACUCGAGCAAGGUUACAUUGUGUGUCCCUCGGAGAGGCGUCUGCUUGUGCUUUUUACCUUCUUGAGGAAGAAUCGAAAGAAGAAGGUUAUGGUGUUCUUUUCAUCCUGUCUGUCGGUGAAGUUCCAUCACGAACUAUUCAACUACAUCGAUCUUCCGGUGAUGUCGAUUCACGGCAAACAAAAGCAAUCGAAACGUACCUCGGUAUUUUUCCAGUUCUGUAACGCAGAAACGGGAAUCCUGCUCUGCACGGAUGUCGCUGCUCGUGGUCUUGAUAUUCCGGCCGUGGAUUGGAUCGUACAGUACGAUCCUCCGAACGAUACGAAGGAAUACAUUCAUCGUGUUGGGCGAACGGCCCGAGGAGAGGAUUUGUGUGGCCAUGCGCUACUAAUGCUCCGUCCGGAAGAGCUUGGCUUCUUGAAGUAUCUGAAGCAAGCUAAGGUGCCGCUGAAUGAGUUUGAAUUUUCUUGGAGCAAGAUAGCGGACAUCCAGCUGCAACUGGAGAAUCUGAUGUCGAAGAAUUACUUUCUUAAUCAGUCAGGCAAACUGGCUUUCAAGACGUACGUACGCGCGUACGAAGGACACCACAUGAAGGACGUGUUCAAUUUGGCAAACCUCGAUUUGAUGCAGGUUGCAAAAAAUUUUGGUUUCACGCAACCACCGUAUGUUGAUUUUGGCAAGAGUUUCAGGCUGCACCAUCCGGAACGAAGACCAGGAAACCGUGGAAUGGGACACUUCAAGACACUCAACAAAGAGAAAACGAAAUCGUUGAACAUUAAGCACAUUACCGAUAGGAAUCAGUUGAAAAAAAUUAAAUACGAGUGAGUGCAGAACAGGUCGGGUGAACUAUAGCGUCAAAUAAAACCACAUUUUAUUGAUGGGUUCCCGGAACAGGAACAAAAUAAUAA